AUGGAUCUGCCACAAGGAUUUCACAGUCAGGGGGAGAAUUUAGUAGACAGACUGGUGAAAUCCUUGUAUGGAUUAAAACAGCAAAGUCAACAUGAUCAUUCACUCUUUACCAAACACUCAAAACAAGGCACUGUGAUCAUACUUGUUUAUGUGGAUGAUAUGCUAAUUGCAGGAGACAGUUUGGAACAGAUUCUAGAAACCAAAACGGCCUUACAAAAUGCCUUUAAGAUGAAAGACUUGGGUGAACUAAAGUAUUUCCUUGGAAUUGAAUUUGCAAGGUCAAGUAAAGGAAUCACUAUGCAUAAAAGGAAAUAUGCUUUAGAACUUACUUCUGAGGCUGGACUAGCAGCGUCAAAACCAGCAAAUACACCAAUUGAUAUCAAUGUCAAGUUAACAUCUAGACAAUAUGAUGAAACUAUCAAAGAUAAAGUCUACAUAGAGGAGGAUCCUCUUACUGAUCAAAGUGGUUAUCACAGGCUUAUACGGAAGCUUUUGUAUCUAACAGUAACAAGACCAGAUAUCUCUUUUGCAGUUCAAACCUUGAGUCAAUUUCUACAAGAUCCAAAGAAAUCUCAUAUGGAUGUAGCACUGAGAAUUAUGAGAUAUAUUAAGAAGCAACCUGGGCAAGGAUUGCUCCUAUCUAGCAAGUUUAGAAAUGAAAUAACCGAAUUUUGUGAUGCAGAUUGGGCUUCAUGCCCCAUUACCAGAAGAUUUGUUACAGGAUUCAUGAUAAAAUUUGGAGACUCUCUUGUAUCUUGGAAAUCAAAAAAGUAG